AUGUCGUCUACACCAACUCUCGAGUCCCUGCAAAAUGGAUGUCAAGCUUGGAGAGAUGAUGUCUUGAACAUCUAUCACUAUGUACCCUCGCUGGCUGCCGGAGCCGUGUUUACAGUUCUCUUUUUGCUCUCUGCGGCUGGACACUUGACCCGAUUCUGGAUGGUCAGAGUCAUUCCUUCACUCCUUCUCGCUAUCGGUGCAAUCAUCGAGCUGGUUGGUUGGGCUGCUCGUAUUUGGUCUUCCAAGUGUCCUUACAACGACUCAUCCUUCAAGACACAAGUCACCUUGCUUGUCAUUGGGCCCGUCUUCUUCACAGCUGCUAUCUAUCUCUUCCUUGGCGAGCUGAUCCGCCACUACGGAGAACGGUACUCCCUACUCAAGCCCAAGACUUAUCUCUGGACAUUUAUUACCGCUGAUGUGGUGUCAUUGCUUAUCCAGGCCGCUGGUGCUGGCAUCGCGUCGUCCCAACUCACCAAUCCCGGUGGCAGUGCCAAGCAUGGCUCAGACGUCGUUGCAGGUGGUAUGAUAUUCCAGAUUGUCGCUAUGACCGUGUUUGUUGCCUGUUUUGGGGUCUUUAUCAACCGGAUGUAUGGUGCACUGUCGAUUAAUGGGGUCCGACGCAUGGAUAACUACAUGAUUACCGCAAUUAUCUUUAGCUUGGUCGUCAUCUACAUCCGAAACAUCUUCCGCGCAGUUCAGAUGACACAGGGGUUUACCGGCAGUCUCUUUAUCCACGAGGGGUACUUUAUCGCACUUGAUGGUGCAAUGAUGUUCCUCGCUGUUGCCGUCUUCAAUGUUGUUGAUUGGCUUCCUGCCCCUGAGAAAUUGGAGCCGUUGUCUUCUGGUGGGUUAGAGACUCAGCCACUCGAGUUGGGGGAGAUCAGCAGAAAGUGA